AGCAAGCUGCUCUAUUGCCCGCACAAGUCCUGCUCCAGCCCACUCCAGGUGGAACUAAGCGAGCUACCCUCCAACCAGCCCAGCACCUGCCCCGCCUGCGGCAAGGGCUUCUGCCCUCGUUGUCGCAUCCCCGGAUGGCACAAGGGCUACACCUGCACGGAGUUUCAGGCCCUCCCCGCCCACCUCCGCUCGGCGGAGGACGCCGCCGUGCUCCAGUUGUCUGAGAAGCAGCAGUGGAAGCAAUGCCCGCAGUGCAAGCAAAUGGUGGAGCGCAGCGUGGGGUGCAAUCAUAUGCUGUGCCGAUGCGGAUGCAACUUCUGCUACGGGUGCGGC